AUGUCCGAAACACCAAUGCCUGGAACGGCAAAACCUGCCGGAGGCACAACCCCAACCCUGGUCAGUGCACCUGCCAGUGUGGUGGCCGCCACUGCAGCGACCGUUGUGGUAAGCAGCGUGCCAAACAACAGCACCGGUGGCAAUCCAAACGGGUCCAGCUCCUCGGUAGCUGCGGCAGCCUCUCAGGCGGAACCCGACAUGAAGGGUUGGCUGCUAAAGUGGACCAACUACCUGAAGGGAUACCAGAAACGGUGGUUCGUGCUGUCGAAAGGCGUGUUGUCCUAUUACAGGGCUGAACAUGGAGCCGGACCGUAUGCUGGGGGCAGAAGUGCCGCGGGCAAAUUAUCUAUAAGACGCCGCAGGAAAGGCCCCCGACCCGAGAGCAAAGGAACCAUGAUGCAAUGCUUAAGAGCCCCACGUUCUCCAACUAGAUUGGUACCCUCCUCCCUGCCAGACUCGAAUAGCAAUAGCAGCAAUGCGCUGAUGAAGAAGCAUAGCAAAAAGCUGAAAAAAAAUCAGGCCGAAAUGGCGCACACAUGUCGCGGCACGAUAUCGCUGCACGGUGCUCUCAUCCACACGGUCGAUUCCUGCACCUUCGUCAUCUCGAACGGUGGCACGCAGACAUUCCACAUCAAGGCCGCCAACGAGGUCGAACGGCAGUCCUGGGUGACGGCGCUGGAGCUGGCCAAGGCGAAGGCAAUCCGGGCAAUGGAGAGCGAUGAGGAGGAGGAGGAUAACACGGCCAACACGAUACCGAGCGAGGAGCUGAAUUUGGUCGUGCGGGAGCUGACGGUUAGGUUAGAAAAUUUGAAAACAUGUUACGACCUUAUCACCAAACAUGGGGCCGCCCUGCAGCGGGCCCUGUCCGAGCUGGAAACGGGCGACGAUCUGGCGAACAAGACGAAAAUUGUCAGCGAACGUGCGACACUGUUCAGAAUAUCGUCCAACGCUAUGAUCAAUGCAUGCUCGGAUUACUUACAAACAGCGCAGACCCAGGGUCACAAAUGGUCUAAAAUGUUGCAGCAUGAACGUGACCAAAAGCUACACCUCGAGGAGAUGGUCGAGCAGCUAGCGAGACAACAUUCACACCUGGAGCAGGCCGCCACACGCCACAGGCCCAACGCAGCCACAUCCGCAUCGGAUGACGAAGAUAACGAGUUCUACGAUGCGCAAGAGGAAGGUGGUUCCGUAACGCAGGAAGAUAGCUCAUUCAUACUAAAUAUACCGGUCACAACGCAUCACAACCAUCGGCGUAACUCGAACGACGCCACCGGAAGCUCAUCAGAAGGGGAAGAAGGAAACAGUGAAACGCAGCAAGUAUUAGUAGUCGCCGAGAAUCUAGACAAUAUGGAUGUGACGGAUAGGAUAUCUGUACAUAGUAGCCAAGCACUAACACCAACCCUAUCGAAUCAAUCCAAAGUUGUCCGCAAACGGCGGACACGCGUGACCGAUAAGCCCAACUAUCCGCUCAACCUGUGGUCGAUCAUUAAGAAUUGUAUCGGCAAGGAUCUGUCCAAGAUACCGAUGCCAGUCAACUUCAACGAACCCUUGUCGAUGUUACAGAGAUUAACGGAAGAUUUCGAGUAUGCGGAAAUACUGGACAAAGCGGCACAGGCGAAGGAUACCUGCGAGCAGCUUGCCUACGUGACUGCAUUUACCGUGUCGAGUUACUCUACCACUAGCAACCGUACUGGCAAGCCGUUCAAUCCACUGCUGGGAGAAACGUACGAAUGUGAUCGCACCGAAGACCUCGGUUGGAGGUGUAUUAAUGAGCAGGUAUCUCAUCAUCCGCCGAUGGCUGCUCAAUACUGUGAAGGACGAGGUUGGCGAUGCUGGCAAGAGUUCACGAUGACAUCGAAAUUCCGCGGCAAGUACAUCCAGAUCGUACCGCUCGGGUAUACGCACGUGGAGUUUCCUGCCACCGGUAACAAGUACACCUGGCGCAAAGUGACCACGACCGUGCAUAACAUCAUCGUCGGCAAGCUGUGGGUUGAUAACCACGGUGAUAUGGAAAUCUUUGGCGAAGGCAGCGCGAAGGGAGUAAAGUGCCACCUAAAGUAUCUUCCGUACUCGUACUUUACGCGCGAUACGCAACGGCGUGUGAAGGGAGUUGUAAUGGAUAACUCCAACCAGGUGAAAUGGGUAAUUAAUGGCACCUGGGAUACAAAGAUCGAAAUUGCACCCGUAACAUCGACGAGCGGAUCGAUGGAGAAUCCGGUGUACAAGACGGGCAACUAUAAGACGGCCUGGACGCGCCGUAUGCCUCCACCGGAUAGUGACAAGUACUACAACUUCACCCUACUCGCCUGCCAACUGAACGAACCGGAACCGAGCGUAGCGCCCACGGAUUCGCGACUGCGACCCGAUCAGCGGUUAAUGGAGGACGGCAAAUGGAACGAAAGCAAUCAGGAGAAGUUACGGUUAGAGGAAUGUCAGCGUGCGCGUCGCCGGCAGCGUGAAGCCGAGGCGGAAACGGCUGCCGCCGAAGGACGACCCUAUCCACCGUACGAACCGAUCUGGUUCGGCAAAGAGAAGGAAGAGGGUACGGACCAGCUGGUGCACGUGUACAAGGGCACUUACUGGGAUUCGAAAGCCAAACAGGACUGGUCGAAAUGUCCGACUAUUUUCUAA